AUGACAGAUAAGCAAGAUAUUGUAGCACAUUGGUCGGUACCUGUACAUGAUCGAAUAUAUGAAAUUGAAUUUGAGCAUGGUACUGCAAGUGGUAAACGAGUUAUACGAGUUGAUGGAAAAGAAAUUUUGAGAAGAAAUUGGAUGUUUAGUCUUGUUGGUAAAGAAAUUUUUGAUAUUGGCAAAUUUAAAUGUGUGAUUAAUGUGGAAGCAUUGGGAACAUUUUUAUAUGAAUAUACAUUGGAAGUAAAUGGUAAAUCAUAUGAAAAAUUUCGAGAAGAAGUUGCAAAAAAGUUAAAAAGUUGGACAACAAUUUUGGAUGGUCAAGAGACACGCAUUUGCUUAGAUAAAGGAACAAUGGAUAUUUGGGUGAAUGGUCAAAAAAUGAAUACUGCGGGUGAAUUUUUGGAGGACGGUACAAAGACACAUUUUGAAAUUGGUCGUAAUGUUUGUUAUGUGAAAGCAACAAGUAGUGGUAAUAAGAAAUUAGGAUUUAUAUAUCAACUUUACAUUAACAACAAUGAAAUAAUCACUAGUGAUAAAUGA